GGCGUGUCGAACCUCGGCUUUGGUGUUGCCGACGACUGGCCGUUCCAUUCCUGCGGAAUCGCCAUUUUGGCCAUUGCAGACUGUCACUGUUUGCGGCGUCUCUGCAGUCUUACUCAGAUCUUGCUCGUUCAUUCGGCUUAACUAUCAUUCGUUUCGUCCUAACCUCGCUUAUGCAUCUCCUAACCCUCAUCUAGAGACUAGAGACGCGUGCCAGUAUGAGCCACGCCACUCUCAAGACACGCCGUCGCCAGGAUUAUCCGUACCUUCUGGAGUACAGGACAAGAUGGAACGACAAUGACAUGUAUGACCACAUGAACAACUCGGUGUAUAAUUUCCUAUUCGACUCCGCCGUGAACAGUUAUCUUGUCGAGAAGUGUGGCAUACACCCCCCUUCAUCCCCUCAGUACGGUCUGGCAGUUCAUUCCCACACGGACUUUUUGGCAUCGAUUGCCUACCCAGCCGUGGCGGAGGUUGGAGUGCGUGUGACCAAGCUGGGCAAGUCCAGUGUCACGUACGAAGUGGCUCUCUUUGAGAGGGGUAGUGAUGAGGUGAAAGCUGUGGGAAGCUUCGUGCAUGUGUUUGUUGAGAGAUCCACAGGCAGACCCCCAAAGGAUGGGAUGAACACCCAGUUGAAGGAAGCACUAGACAAGAUUAAUCUGGGGCCAGUUGUUCCUACGAAGGAGACUAGCAAGCUAUAACCUUGUCUCACAGUUGUUAACCUGGAUACACCUACUAUUUGUUCUUACAUGCCUUAAACAGAGAUAGAUAGACUAGGAUGUUGCUUUGUGUAUAUUAAUUCGGAUUAUACGUAUCGAUAUUAGCGUCA